AUGAAGUUCACUAUCAUUUGUCUCGCUCUUAUCGGAGCUGCAUCGGCUGGAUUCAGUGCUGAAGGGCAAGCUGCUAUUGUGAAAGCUCACAAUGACUUGAGAUCUGCAAUUGCUAAAGGAGACUACGUGGCCAAAGGGACUCAUCAGCCAGCUGCCAGUGACAUGUUGAAAAUGAGUUGGGAUGACACCAUUGCUGAGUCUGCUCAAGGAUUCGCGGAGAACUGCCCAGACGAUCACUCAAAGAAUGAGUACGGAGAGAAUCUCUACUGGGGGUGGACUUCGGAAGAAGUUGGAAAUUUGGACCCUUAUGGAGUCGAGGCUUCCAAAUCUUGGGAGAAGGAGUUCCAAGACUAUGGAUGGUUGACCAGAACUCUUGACCAAGCAACCUACGAUUCUGGAAUCGGGCACGCUACACAAAUGGUUUGGUCGAAGACAAACUUGAUUGGAUGCGGAGCGAAAAUGUGUGGAGUUGACCCGAAAAAUGGAAUGAACAAGGUCACAGUUGUCUGCCAGUACAAGACAAAGGGAAACAUGAUUGAUGAUAAGAUCUACGCAGAAGGUGAGACUUGCUCGGCCUGCCCAUCUUCAUCUUCUUGUGAGACCGGAUCGGGACUCUGUGCUUAA